AUGACCGCCCUUGCAGAUGCACUGGGCAAACGGGCCCUCUCACUGGACGACCCAUCCCCUCUAGUCCAGACAGGCGCUGUCCUGCUCUCCAUCUUCUUCGUACUGGUACCGCUCUUCUUCAUGUACCCGCUUUAUGUCAUCUCCAUUCACACCUUGGUCGAAAAGCCAGCCAAUGCGGCCACUGGUGCCGCACAGCUUGACGAAGAAGGAGCACAGAACAAUGCUCAGUCGAAGCACAAGUUCAGCAAUACGCGCGGUGCUUCAAAUGAGGACGACAACGACGCUUUUUAUGCCGAUGAUCGUGCUGCGCUUCUCCAGGAAGACUUUGCUGCAGAGGGAGAAGGUUCUACAAUUUUCGUCACCGCCUCUAUUCGCACUGCUUGGGAUAAUCUGUUGAAGCAUUGCGGCAAAUUUGGUGCAUUCAGAGCACUCCCAGCUCUUUUAUGCUAUACCUUCAUCAGUGAACUGCUUUUUGCGGGGCUUGGCGGCGUCCGCCCAACAAUCCAAGUGGCAAGACGCAUGCGCAGCACAGAUCCAAAAGGCUGCGAAUACAACUUUGCACUGGCUGCCUAUCUUGUCAGCGUCAUCGUCAGACUUCUCCUUAUCCCUCUGGAUGUAGUCAUCACUCGCCAGAUUGUCUCGAAGCCAGACAAUACGAACUUUGUUGGACUUUGCAAGACCGUUCUCACAACCUUCAAACCUGCCGACUUUUCGCCAAUCAUUGUACCAACCCUUGUCAGUAUGCUGCUCAGUUCUGGCCUCGACAACCUCCGUGCUCAACUUCACUUUACACUGUCAAGCGACCCCGAUAGUGGCUGGCAGGCCUUGGUCGGAUUGCUUGUCAACUUGCUUUGUAUCAGCUUCUAUUUCUUCAUCGCGGCAAUCCAGGCGCUGGUCUACCGCUCUCACAUGACAAUCAUUGCUCGCAUGCCGCCAGCGUCACCACUCAUCCGGAUGCCGACAUCAUUCGCAGGGAUCGGGCAAGAGCUUCUCAAUCUUAUUCAAGAAGAACGUCAAAUUUCAUCGUUCGCGCUUGGCAGGUUUUGGCGCUACUUCAAGAUUGUCUUCUUUGCUGGACUGCUGACAUUUGUUGGUGUCCUCUUGGCAACACUGACUCUAGUCUUUGCCGGAGUCAUCCACAAUGUUUGA